AGGGCAACGCUGGUUCGUUCAACUCAUUUCUCUAGACAAAGAUUAUUUUGAAAAGGCCCUAAAGAAAACAAUCGUCCAACCAUGUCGGAAAUUAAGCUCGACUCCAAGAAUGAAGCGGACGUGGCCUUCUCAGUCCAAUGCCAAAAGAUCCAGCAAGGCUUGGAUCAAUCGCGCCAAUUUGUGGCUGGAUUCGAGACGCUCGACGAGCAAAUUCUUGAGCUGCUCCAAGCCAAUCUGGCCCAUCUAAAGAAUUAUGAGAAGGAGUUAGAGUCCUUGAAAGGCCGAUAUUCCGCGAGAUUAGCUCACGUGUGCGAGAGCUUCAAAAUGAGUCCUCAGUCAGGAGCAAUCCUCAAGACUUCGUCAGCCUCGGAUUCUGUCCCUGGAAGACCAGAUCCAGUAGUGGACGAGAUGACUUCGUCGGCUCAUCCUCGUUCCGACAAAGCAUCGUAAGAUGGCUGUGGGAUAUAAAUUGUAAAUCUUACUUGAAAAACCCCCUGGAAAACAUGGCCAUGGUCGUCGGUACAAGUGUUAUUUGAGUGGGAUGGCGUGUUCGCCUUUCUCUCGUACUGUGGAAAAGUGAUAGAACUGAAAAGAUGGAAAGCGUCUGUUGCCACAUUGAUGGGCAUGAUUGAUUGUAUGAGUGCUUCCGAAACGGA